AUGGGGCAGAUGCUUAAGGGUAUAAACGCCCAAGUGAUUGAAGAUCCUUCCAUGGCAAGCAACCUUGAGGUGUUUUUUGGAGAGGAGGAAGCUAAACAUGAAACUCUGGCUGAGAAGAAGGACUCUGAGCCAACUCCUUCUGCCAGAAAGAACAAGAGAAAAGAGACCACUCAGGCCCAAGAUAGUGAUGUCCAGCCUGACCCUCUAGUUGAAAGCCCUCCCCCUCCUCCUACCAAGAUGAAAAGAGGCUGUAGAGGACUUCAAUGUUGUGGAGAAGGAAAAGAAGUCUCGAAGGAAGAUAAAGAGAAAACCAAAGGAGUGGAAGAAGAGAACUCUGUCCCUUUAUAUGAGGAGAUUCCUACUGAAGUGAUAGCAGAAAAGGCAGAGAAGUCCUCUGCUAUUCCAUCAGCUGAGGUUGACAAGGACAUAACUAGUGAAGAGCUGGCUAUUGUGAGCAGUCCUUUCAAGCCUAUGAUAGUGGCUAUAAGCUCAUCAACCACGACCUCCUUUGCUGAUCCAUAUUCGGCAAAGUUCGAGGCUAUGGACUUGGGGGCUCAAUUGUUGAAACUUGAGAAAUUGGGAAAGACUCCGAGCAAGGCCAAAUCCAAGGCUGUGGAUGAGGCAAUGGACAGAAUCAGGAUCUAG